GGUGAUUGGUAGAUCCGCUCGAUUCUUCUCCCCUCUCUGUUCCAAUUGCCCAAAAAAAGUUCCAAGUUGGGCGAUUUGUGUAUUGGGUUCUUUUGUUGACAUUCAGUGGGGAUGUGGUCGAAAAUGGGCGAAAAGGAAAACCCCAAAGGCCAAAGGACCCACAAUUCGUCACCGAGUUGAGAAAGUAUUGCGGGAAGAUGACGAAUUUCAACAAACACCCGCACUAUCUACUGCUUCUACUUGUAUGGACUGUGCAGCCCAAUCCCUCUCCCUGAAUUCCGUUCUUUUCCCCGACUUCUCUCUCUCUCUCUCUCUGUAUUAUUUAGUGUAAGAAAAUGAAGAGCAGUCUAUUCUAAGUUUGGUGGUGUUUUGGGAUUCACACAAACUAUAGGAAAGAUACCACCAUAUAUACCAGUUGUCUGCGUUGAUGAUCAGAAUUCUACUCUCGGGGAGGGGCUUGCUUAGAAUUGAAGUAUUUUUCUUUUAUCACUUCGCUCUUUCCUUUCCUUGGGGAAAAGGUAUCUUUUUUGCAGCAAGAGGGCAUGGUGAUGAUGAUGGGGUCGAGUAACUGCUGAGAUUUUUUAUUGGGACGAUUGGUUAUUAUGCAUUUUGAAGUAAAUUGGUGGAUUGUUUGUGGUUAUCUUUUGGAUUCAUCUGGAUUCUUUUGUUCCUCCUGAAUCCUGGCUUGGCUUUUUAAGGGUUGCCAGGCUUAGCAAGGAGCAAUAUCUAGGAAACGAUUUCUGGUAUGGGUUGGCUCACGAAGAUUCUUAAAGGUUCUUCCAAUAAAGGGAAUUACCACGGGCAUUAUGGAGAGAACAGAUACUGGGAGGAGCCCCGUCGGUCAGUGGACAAUACAUCAGACUUCGACAAAGAAGAACUAGACUGUGCUAUUGCACUUUCUCUUUCAGAAGCAGAUGACAAAGGGAAGAAGGUCAUUGAGGAGGAUGAUGAGUCUCUCCACUCACUGGAAGAAGAAGAAGAGGAAGAGGAGGAGGUUAAGGAUACUGACCAUGGAAAAGGCGUAGCCAAGGUGGUAGUGGAAGAAGAUGAUGACGAUGAUGAUAACUUCAAUGCUAUUGCUAAAGUGGUGGAAGAAGAGAGUCGCACAAGAGCUCAGCUGGAGGAAGAUGAACAGCUUGCCAGAGCUAUUCAAGAAAGUUUGAAGGUGGAGUCUCCUCCCAGACCUAGAUAUGAUAGUGGAGGUGCAUUCCCACCUUAUUCAUUCUUCUUUCCGACCAGUGGUCACAGGAUUUGUGCUGGCUGCAAUGAUGAAAUUGGUCAUGGAAGGUUUCUAAGUUGCAUGGAUGCUGUUUGGCAUCCUGAAUGCUUCCGUUGCCAUGCUUGCAAUCAAGCAAUUACUGACUAUGAGUUUUCUAUGUCAGGGAAUCGACCAUACCAUAAGUCCUGCUAUAAGGAGCGCCAUCAUCCAAAAUGUGAUGUUUGCAAUAACUAUAUCCCUACAAACUCUGCUGGACUUAUCGAGUACAGGGCGCACCCUUUCUGGCUUCAGAAGUACUGCCCCUCACAUGAGCGCGAUGGAACUCCUCGCUGUUGCAGUUGCGAAAGAAUGGAGUCUACAGACACUAAGUAUCUAUCUCUUGAUGAUGGCCGAAAGCUAUGCCUCGAGUGUUUGGACUCAUCAAUAAUGGACACCCAUGAAUGCCAGCCUCUUUACUUUGAAAUACGGGAAUUCUACGAGGGGUUGAACAUGAAGGUGGAGCAGGAUGUUCCUAUGCUUUUGGUUGAGAGACAAGCAUUGAAUGAGGCCAUGGAAGGGGAAAAGAAUGGUCAUCACCACAUGCCUGAAACCAGGGGACUCUGCCUAUCAGAAGAGCAGACAAUCACAACUGUCUUCAGGAGACCUAGGAUUGGUCCAGGCUACCGUUUCGUUGACAUAAUGACAGAGCCAUACAGGCUAAGCCGCAUAUGUGAAGUCACAGCAAUUCUCAUAUUGUAUGGUCUUCCCAGAUUGUUGACAGGUUCCAUCCUGGCUCAUGAAAUGAUGCAUGCUUGGCUUCGCCUGAAAGGCUUUUCAAAUCUAAGACCAGAAGUUGAGGAAGGCAUCUGCCAGGUCUUGGCUCACAUGUGGUUGGAUUCAGAGAUGUAUUCUGGAGCCGGUCAAGAUGAAGCUGAAGCCUCAUCCUCGUCCUCAUCAUCAUCCUCCUCGCCAUCAUCCUCAUCAACAUCUUCCAAGAAAGGGAAGAGGUCUGACUUUGAGAAGAAGCUUGGUGAGUUUUUCAAACACCAGAUUGAGUCGGACACAUCAACGGCUUAUGGUGAUGGGUUCAGGUCAGGAAACAAAGCUGUCCAGACAUUUGGGCUGAGGAGGACCCUUGAUCAUAUAAGACUGACAGGAAACUUUCCUGAGUAAAAGUACAGUAUAUAUAGAGAGGAAGGAAACAAAUGAGAAUAAGAAGCUGAAUUACCCACAUUUGCACAUAUAUAUAUCUCAGCGCUCCAGAUGUUACCCUAUAGCCUACAGGAUUGGGAAAGAGUGGAAGGUUAUAGAGGGAGAAAGGAAGGAUACUUGUGUAGUGCCAUGCUGCAGAAAGGCUGUGUAAUUUCUGCAGGCUCUUCUGAAUGUUCUGGCAUAAAAUGCCAUGUGAUGAGGUAAUGACAACUAUUUGUACUGAAGCUGUUGUGCAAAACGUUUGCAUAUAUAAAGAAAUCUGAACUUUUAUCAAGU